AUGACAACAUGUGCAAUCCAAUAUUCCGAUGAUGGAGUUGUGUUGCAUAUAAAAGAUCAAGUUGCAAUAGAAUAUAUGGAUAUUGCUAUCACUUUAGGUCAAUUUUUAAUUUCUGAAGUAACCGAAGAUAUGAUUUCGGGAAUUCAGGUAAAACUUGAAAGUUCUCUGGAAAGACUUGAGCGAGCUGGUUAUCCUAUCGAUCGAUUACGCAUCAAUCCACCGCAGCCAACAAGUGCUCUAAUGGAACCUCAAACUCUAUCGGAGACGAUUGUUCAACAGGAUAAAAGUGAUUCAGAUGCUAAAGAUAACAUAAAUUCAGAAAAUCCUGCUUUCAAACGCAUUGGAAAAGACAAACCGAAUCCUAGUAUAGUUCCAAGUUUCAGUAGCUAUGAAAAGCCUAAUUGUACAAGUGAUUCUAUGUUAGCCGAUACAGACUAUGAUUUGAUUACGCCUAGUACUAUUGAAGAUACUGUUUUACUAGUUCUUCAACCCUAUAAUAACACUCGAAUCGGGUUUCAUUAUAAUUGUUCACUUUUUUUUAAUGUACGUUAUUUUGAACAUACAUUCGCUGAAAAACUUGAUCUACAAGGUAACAACGCUGCUAAUAAGAUAUCAAAUAUGCACAUUAUUAAUUUUUACUUUAUGAAAUCAUGUCAUUUACUUGUUCAUAAUGUGCAUGUUAAUCAUGAUACUAAAUUUAUUCGUACAUUUGAAGAUACUGUAAUCAAGUUUUUACCAGCUAAAGAUGCAUUUCUUGAACUUUUCAAAUUUUCGUAG